ACUUCACUAUUGUUUUCUUUUGCUUUCAGCAAUUCUUAAAGCUGCUGAAAAGCAUGACUUCCUGUUGUGUUGUUCCAAAACCUCCAGUAAGAAAGGUUGCUAUCUUUGGAGGAACUCAUGGCAAUGAGUUAUCAGGGAUAUUUUUGGUCAAGCACUGGCAAGAGAAUGGAGCUGAGAUUCAAAGAGCAGGAAUGGAAGUGAAACCAUUUCUCACCAACCCAAGAGCUGUGAAGAAGUGUACUAGAUACAUUGACUGUGAUCUGAACCGUGUUUUUGACCCUGAUAAUCUUGGACAGACAGUGGUGGAAGAUAUUCCAUAUGAAGUGAGAAGGGCUCAGGAAAUCAACCAAAUAUUUGGUCCAAAAGGUAGUGAUGAUGCCUAUGACCUUAUUUUUGACCUUCACAACACCACUGCUAACAUGGGUGGUACCCUUAUUCUUGAGAACUCCAGGGAUGACUUUACAAUUCAAAUGUGUCAUUAUAUCAAGAAUGCUUUGGCUCCAGAGCAUGUUCCUGUUCUGCUGAUUGAACAUCCUCACUUGAAAUAUGCAACAACCCGAUCCGUAGCAAAACAUCCUGUUGGUGUGGAGGUGGGGCCUCAGCCACAAGGUGUUGUUAGAGCUGAUAUUUUGGACAAAAUGAGGAAGAUUGUCAAACAUGGCCUUGAUUUUGUUCACCUUUUUAAUGAAGGAAAAGAAUUUCCAUCAUGUACAAUUGAGGUUUAUAAAAUAAUGGAGAAAGUAGAUUAUCCCAGGAAUAAAAGUGAUGAAGUUAUUGCUAUUAUUCACCCUAACCUGCAGGAUCAAGAUUGGCAGCCACUGAACAAUGGUGAUCCUCUAUUUUUGACUCUUGAUGGAGAAGUAAUUGCAUAUAAAGGGGACUGUACAGUCUAUCCAACAUUUAUUAAUGAAGCUGCGUAUUAUGAAAAGAAACAAGCUUUUGUAAAAACAAUUAAAAUGGAACUGACUGCAGAACACAUCAGAUCCUCAGUCGUAGAUCAGAACACCUCUUAAAAGCUCAUGACAGGUUU